GAGUGAAAGAUCUAUAAAAAGUGGAGGCAGCAGAAGGCGAGAGGUAGUGUUAGAGGAGACGUGUCGUAGGAGGAUGUAAUUAAUAUAUAUAUAUAUCUAUCUACAUCCUUGUAUAUUAGAAAGCACGAGAGUUUGGUUUUUCCUCAAUUGCAGUGACUGUUAUUUGUGUGUACGAUUUUCGAGAGAAGCAGGUAACGAAGCGAGGAAGACGAAGGAAAAGCCAGGACGCGCACGAGUGAACAUACGGAGAGUCCGAAGCGUCGUAGCCUCACACGUACACGCGUGUGCAUGUCUGCGUGCGUUCAACUGUCAAAAGCAGGACGCUCCGCUUAUACUAUUACUCCGGGUGCUAGAUCGACAUAUAGGUAUAUAUUGCAUUAUUGGCUGGGGAUCUGGCAGCGCCAGAGCGAAGCCAAACAACUCGUGUCCGCCAUCUUGGGAUAGAGGAGUCGUUGUUGUGUUUUUCGUGUCGCGUCAGCGAAAAGGAAGAGAAGCAGAGGAAUUUUCUCUCCGCGAGGAUAGGAGGAAGGAGGAGACAGGAGGAAGGAGACGCUAAGGUGGCGAACGGUCGCCGGAUGUGGUCGAAUCUGCGAGGAACGCGCACUGGGAGGACCGCGAGAGAAGAGGAACUCGAAGCGAGGUAGCAUCGCGCGAACAGGUUUUUGGGAUACCCCGCCGCACAUUAUUCCUACGCAUCGUCAUCAUCGUCGUCGUCGUUGCCGUCGUCCUCGUCCCCACCAUUGCUCUACCCUGGGUACUGUGAUUAUUGCGCAGUUGGAAAUAUUGUUGAGCACGGAGGACGCCGAGGAACGCGGGGGAUCGUCUCCGAGAGGCAGACCCGCGUUAAUUGCAAGCCGACGGUUUUGUCGGUCUCGUGAGGAGGGUGAGUGACGAGGCUACGAAGACGAGGAGAGAAAAAGAAAAAACAUCCGAGCCAUGACGAAUUCCGCGCCCAAGUUAGACAACGCCAAGGUGGACCGCCAGGCCUCGCCGAAGGUCGGGUUUCAAUACCAGCACAAUCAUCAUCAGCAUCAUCGUUCCAAUAGUAAAUCGUCGCCGUUCCUCUACAAGAACGGCCGCCACGUCGUCAGGAACACCAAAGACGGCCGGCAGAGCUGCAGCCCGUAUAGCUCGUCGUCCAAAAGUCCGAGGAACUCGCCGCAACAUCAUCAUCAACAACAACAACAACAACAGCAGCAGCAGCAGCAGCAGCAGCAACGCUGUGAGCAGCGCAGUCCAAGCAGCAGCCCGACUAACAACAGCUUCUACGCGGGUGCCAAGUUCUCGGAAACGCCAUCGCCGGCAAGCGUGCCCAAACCGCCGAGCCGUUGGACGAGCACGGUGACUAGACUGAUGGACGGCUGUCGCCGGGCCAAUAGCGCGAGCGAAUACGCGAGCCAGUUGCAUAUAGUGCUAAACGUCCAGGCCUGAUACCCAAAGACUAACAACGGGUCCACCAGCGCCGUUCGAGAAGGGAGGAGGCGGCCGUCAGCAGCUCCUAGAGAAUCAGGUACGAUAGGGAAUCAUCGUCGAUAAGGUCAUCAUCGGCCAAGAGGAUAGAGAAUAAUAAUUAAUGAUAAUAACGAUGAUAACGAUGGAUGAUGGUGACACCGUGUGCAGGCCGUACACACGGGUUUUCGAUUUUAUCGCGCGAGUGGAUACCAUAAUCCGUUCUUUACGCUAAGCUACACAUCCAGCAUACAGACUUUAACCGUAGACUAUGCACACGGCGGAAUUACCACGCGGUGCAUCGGUGCGUCCCGAUGUCGCGAUCGAUGUGUGUGCGCGCGCGCGCGCAAAAGAUACAUACAUUAUAUAUGUAUAUGUAUUGCGUUCUCUGGAACUCUCAUCACGCGCCAUCAUACGCUGUGAAACAAAAUGUAAGUAAUACUGUAUUUUAGAUUAUCGUAUACCGCUAAACUUUCAAAAAAGGAACACAAGGAGAGCCCUAUGUACGUACAUACAUAUAUUAUCUAUACAACAUCCGAACACACAGAGAAAGAGAGAAAGUAUAGCCUCAGUCUGACGAUACGACUAGCGCGGACGAGCGAAGUUGCGUUUCGCGAUUCUGUUAUACGAGAUGUGCUUCAGUAUCGACGCGUUGAAAAAAAAAAGACGUGUCUGAUAACUCUUUACGCAAACUCUUUUUCAAAGCUCGCGUUUCGCAUCGCUCUCAAGACACCCGGUGUUUCCGCGCGCGUUUUUAUCUUGUCAAAUCUCCAUCAUCUUAAGCCAGCAACAUCAAAGAUGUCAUACAAUUUGCUGCUCCGUAGCGCGGAGAUGCUGGACAAAUAAUUAUUCGUUUAACAGCCGCCCGACUAAUGAUCGUUAUCAGUAUACUUCUUUAUUAACAGUUUCUUUAUCAUUUUGGUAUUACAAAUGGUAGAAGAUGUAGUUUCGUAUGGGACAUUAAUUUCAAGUAAUCCUUUUUAGUUUAUUUUUCUUUUUUUUUGUUGGGGAUAUUUUUAUUUUCUGCUACACAUUGUUCUACACACGUGAAAUAAGUAUAUAACUAUGUAAGUUUUGAGUUUCAUAGUGCAAGUUAGGAGAGGGGAGUUAGAUGACUAUAAAUGACAUAAUAGAAAGGAUCGGAAUAAUAGGGGAAACUGACUGAUAGACGAAGAUUAUUCAUACACAAAUUAUUACGAAUGAAUGCUUCGAUAUGAUUGUAUGAAUGCUUCAGACAUUAAUCAUUACGACAUUGCAUUAAAUCCAAAUUUUGAUCACAUUUUUCGUGUUCGAUUCUCGGCAUGUUUCGACAAAAUUAUUAAAUUUAAGAUUCAUUUUUAUGAUGGCAAGAAAGAAUAUGAGAGCAAAAAUGGACAGAGAAAUCGAGAUAAAGCAAAUAUUGUCAAAUUUGAUUAUUACAAAAAUGAAAUAUUUUUCUUAUAUUUACAAGUGAUUUAUAAUAGAUUUAAUCUAUGCUCUUAAUAUGUAAAUUGUCGUGAUGAUCGUUCUACUAUUGCUUUUGAAAAAUUCAAAUACUAACAUAUUUCGAUGCUUUAUUUAAAUAUGAAGGACGAGAGUUUUUUAAGGGAAAAGAGAACAUUAGCGUCGUCAUUAUCUAUAAUAGCCUUGGUUAACGUCUGAUUAUCUUUUCUCAAGUUGUAAUCAGCUGUAGAACAGGUCUUGAUAACAAUACGGUUAACUAAGGAAUUAAUACUUGUGUCCUUAUCAGUGAGAUGAAAAUUCAUAAGUAGUUAAAAAAGCAGGAAGAAUGUUUAACGAUAAUCGACGUUGACUCAACCCGUCCUUAAAGACUCUUCUUUGUGCGAGUUUACGGAAAGUUCUAUUAUGCUAACAAGUGUAGGAAAUAGGGCGAUGCACUAAAGUUUUUCGUUGUUCAUAAUACAUACUUUACGGGCGCAAUUGUCAUAUCAAACUCGCAUCACCUCUAUCUAUAUUGGACAAGUAAAUGGACUUACAAUUAAUCUAUAAUACACAGUAACGAUAACAAUAAUAUUUAAGGGUAAAUAAUAACAAUGAUAGUAGUAAGAUAAGGCCUUAACGAUACAAACAGCGUGGAGAAUACGAUCGAUUUAAGUUUUUUAAAAAAUUCUUUUUUUUCUUUAUAGCAAAAUUAUUUCAAGCCACAGACUGAAUACAGUUAUUUGACGUAGUAUUUUAACUAAUGUUAUUUUUUUUCUUUUUUUUUUUAAGUUUUCUGAUAACUUGCAAUAAUUUUCUUGCAACAAUACAUAGUUUAUUUUUCUCCUUACGUCAAUUCUUUCUUCGAUAAGCAAUUAUUAAUUUUAAGUAUGAUGAAUUUUGUGGAACACAGUUGUGAGAUACAAAGAAAUAGACUCAUAAGCGAGAAGGAUGCAAGAUUGAUAGAGAAAUGAUAUCAAAAUAUUACAAUUUCGAUUUUUCGCUCCGUAUUUAUAGUUUUGUAAGACGUAAUCUUCAGAAUACGACGGUAUUUGUAGCAGUUGAUACAAUCAUACGUUGAUCGAUUUGAUUUAUGACGUCGGAGAUUAUUGAAAGGAAAUAUAUAUUGCUAUAUAUAUAUGGAUAUAUAGAGACAACGAUUUGUCGAAUGCAAACUCGAAUGUGCGCGAGACUUUUUUUUCGGUGUUUAGCGUCGUGCACAACGAUUUGAGAGAAAAUCGAUAUCCCAGGAUACGAGGAGAAAGUUCGAAACUUGUUUCCUUUUAUCUAUGUGAACGUCGAUUUAUGUGCGCGAAGAAUUACGCGAAAUUGCCAGUCCAGAGAUUAUUUUUAUACGAUUGAUAUGCACUUUCACAUUCAGAAUUUAAUUUGUUUAUUGUCAACGGCA